CUUUGCAUUUUUUUUUUUUUUUUAAUUCCGCGGGUUUCCUGUUCCGGAGUCGAGGGUGGUGCUUGUGUCUUGGCGGCUGCAGUCUGAGACUGGUCUUGGCUUGGACGCGGUCUCACGGCCCGAGAGCCUUUUGGUGCACUGCUAGGGGCUGUGAAAGAUGCAAAGCAACAGUGAAUGAACCUUGGGCGUCAAGGAGCCAAUCAUCAAGAGGAGCAGGUCAACAUGUGCACAUGAGACUGUAUCAUGAGGCAGUUUCAGAGCUUAUAUUCUUUGUGGAAGAUGUGACCUAUCCAGAUGGUCUGGCACGAUGCAAGGCAACCCAGGUCACAGAAUGUCGUUCCACCCAGGACGGGGCUGUCCCCGAGGGCGAGGAGGACACGGAACCAGACCCUCAGCACCAGCCUUCAGGCCCCAGAAUCUGAGACUGCUCCACCCUCAGCAGCCUCCUGCCCAAUAUCAAUACGAGCCCCCAAGCACCCCCUCCACCACCUUCUCGAACUCUCCAGCCCCCAGUUUUAUGCCGCCAAGGCCUGACUAUGUCCCCUUCCCUCCACCCAUGCCACCUUCAGCACAAGGCCCUGCCCCCCCCUCCCCCGCCCGGCCCCCUUUUCCCAACCACCAGAUGAGGCCCCCCUUCCCAGUGCCGCCCUGCUUUCCUCCCAUGCCGCCCCCGAUGCCCUGUCCCAACAACCCCCCAGCUCCUGGGGCACCGCCGGGAGGCGGGCAAGGCACUUUCCCCUAUAUGAUGCCGCCUCCGUCUGUGCCACACCCCCCGCCGCCCCCCGUCAUGCCCCAGCAGGUGAAUUACCAGUACCCUCCCGGAUACUCGCACCACAACUUCCCGCCUCCGAAUUUCAACAACUUCCAGAACAGCCCCAGUUCCUUCCAGCCCAGCGCCAACAAUGGCAGCAGCCCGCAUUACAGGCAUCUCCCUCCGUACCCGCUCCCCAAGGCGCCCAGUGAACGCAGGUCCCCCGAGAGGCUGAAGCACUACGACGAUCACAGGCACCGGGACCACAGCCACGGGCGAGGCGAGAGGCAUCGGUCCCUGGAUCGGAGGGAGCGAGGCCGCAGUCCGGACCGUGGAAGACCGGACAGCCGCUACCGAUCCGAGUAUGAGCGGGGCAGAACGCCCUCCCGCCACCGCAGCUAUGAGCGCAGCAGAGAGCGGGACCGGGAGAGACAGAGGCACCGGGACAGCCGAAGAUCACCAUCUCUGGAAAGAUCCUACAAGACAGAAUUUAAGAGAUCCAGAAGGAGUUAUGGUCCGGAACCUGCUGGGUGUACACCAGAGUUACCUGGGGAUAUUGUUAAAAAUACAGAUAACUGGCCUCCACCCACAGAGUCUAUGAACCACCGUUCGCCAAGUCGAGAGAAGAAGAGAACUCGCUGGGAAGAAGAGAAAGAUCGAUGGACUGAUGGCCAGAGCUCCUGCAAGGAGAAGAAUUUUACCUCAACUAAGGAGAAGGAGCUGGAGGAGACAGUGCUGGAGAAAAAUGAGGAGGAAGAGGAAGAACUUCUUAAGCCUGUGUGGAUUCGAUGUACCCACUCAGAGAACUACUACUCCAGUGACCCCAUGGAUCAGGUGGGAGAUUCUACUGUUGUUGGAACAAGUAGGCUCCGUGAUUUAUAUGACAAAUUUGAGGAAGAACUGGGGAACAGGCAAGAAAAGGCAAAAGCAGCUAGACCUCCGUGGGAACCUCCCAAGACGAAGCUCGAUGAAGAUUUAGAGAGUUCCAGUGAAUCUGAAUGUGAGUCGGAAGAGGAUAGCACUUGUUCCAGUAGCUCAGACUCCGAGGUUUUUGACGUCAUCGCAGAAAUCAAACGCAAGAAGGCCCAUCCUGACCGGCUUCAUGACGAACUCUGGUACAAUGACCCAGGCCAGAUGAAUGAUGGACCACUCUGCAAAUGCAGCGCGAAGGCCAGACGCACAGGAAUUAGACACAGCAUUUAUCCUGGAGAAGAGGCAAUCAAGCCCUGUCGUCCCAUGACCAACAACGCUGGCCGGCUUUUCCACUAUCGAAUCACAGUCUCUCCUCCUACAAACUUUUUAACUGACAGACCAACUGUUAUUGAAUAUGAUGAUCAUGAAUAUAUCUUUGAAGGCUUUUCUAUGUUUGCACAUGCCCCCCUGACCAAUAUUCCACUGUGUAAAGUCAUUAGAUUCAACAUAGACUACACGAUUCAUUUCAUUGAAGAGAUGAUGCCUGAGAAUUUUUGUGUGAAAGGACUUGAACUCUUUUCAUUAUUCUUAUUCAGAGAUAUUUUGGAAUUAUAUGACUGGAAUCUUAAAGGUCCUUUGUUUGAAGACAGUCCUCCCUGCUGCCCAAGAUUUCAUUUCAUGCCACGUUUUGUAAGAUUUCUUCCAGAUGGAGGAAAGGAAGUUUUGUCCAUGCACCAGAUUCUCCUGUACUUGUUGCGGUGCAGCAAAGCCUUGGUUCCUGAGGAGGAGAUUGCCAAUAUGCUGCAGUGGGAGGAACUUGAAUGGCAGAAAUAUGCAGAAGAAUGCAAAGGCAUGAUCGUCACCAACCCUGGAACGAAACCAAGCUCUGUCCGCAUUGAUCAACUGGAUCGUGAGCAGUUCAACCCUGAUGUGAUUACUUUUCCAAUUAUUGUCCACUUUGGGAUACGCCCUGCACAGUUGAGUUAUGCAGGAGAUCCACAGUACCAGAAAUUGUGGAAGAGUUAUGUGAAACUUCGGCACCUGCUAGCAAAUAGUCCCAAAGUCAAACAAACAGACAAGCAGAAGUUGGCACAGAGAGAGGAAGCACUCCAAAAAAUUCGUCAGAAGAAUACCAUGAGGCGAGAAGUAACAGUGGAGCUAAGUAGCCAAGGAUUCUGGAAAACUGGCAUCCGGUCUGAUGUCUGUCAGCACGCAAUGAUGCUGCCUGUUUUGACCCAUCAUAUCCGCUACCACCAAUGCCUGAUGCAUCUCGACAAGUUGAUAGGAUAUACUUUCCAAGAUCGUUGUCUGUUACAGCUGGCCAUGACUCACCCAAGUCAUCACUUGAAUUUUGGAAUGAAUCCUGAUCAUGCCAGGAAUUCAUUGUCGAACUGUGGGAUACGGCAGCCCAAAUAUGGAGACAGAAAAGUUCAUCACAUGCACAUGCGGAAGAAAGGAAUUAAUACCUUAAUAAAUAUUAUGUCACGUCUUGGCCAAGAUGACCCAACUCCUUCUAGGAUUAAUCACAAUGAACGGUUGGAGUUCCUGGGCGAUGCUGUUGUUGAAUUUCUGACCAGUGUCCACUUGUACUAUUUGUUUCCUAGUCUGGAAGAAGGGGGAUUAGCAACCUAUCGGACUGCCAUUGUUCAGAACCAGCAUCUUGCCAUGCUAGCAAAGAAACUGGAACUGGAUCGAUUCAUGCUUUAUGCUCACGGACCUGACCUUUGUAGGGAAUCAGACCUGAGGCAUGCAAUGGCUAAUUGUUUUGAAGCAUUAAUAGGAGCUGUUUACUUGGAGGGAAGCCUGGAGGAAGCCAAACAGUUGUUUGGACGUUUACUCUUUAAUGAUCCGGACCUGCGCGAAGUCUGGCUCAAUUAUCCUCUCCACCCACUCCAACUACAAGAACCAAACACAGAUCGACAGCUUAUUGAAACUUCUCCAGUUCUACAGAAACUUACUGAGUUUGAAGAAGCAAUCGGAGUAAUUUUUACUCAUGUUAGACUUCUGGCUCGAGCAUUCACGUUGAGAACUGUUGGAUUUAACCACCUGACCCUAGGCCACAAUCAGAGAAUGGAAUUCCUAGGUGAUUCCAUAAUGCAGCUGGUUGCCACAGAGUACUUAUUCAUUCACUUCCCAGAUCAUCAUGAAGGACACUUAACUUUAUUACGCAGCUCUCUGGUGAAUAAUAGAACUCAGGCUAAGGUUGCAGAGGAGCUGGGCAUGCAAGAGUACGCCAUCACCAACGACAAGACCAAGAGACCCGUGGCCCUGAGGACAAAGACUUUGGCAGAUCUUUUGGAAUCGUUUAUUGCAGCUCUGUACAUUGAUAAGGAUCUGGAAUACGUUCAUACUUUCAUGAAUGUUUGUUUCUUUCCACGAUUAAAAGAGUUCAUUCUAAAUCAGGACUGGAAUGACCCCAAGUCCCAGCUUCAGCAGUGCUGCUUGACACUUAGGACCGAAGGGAAGGAACCAGACAUCCCUCUGUACAAGACUCUGCAGACGGUGGGACCAUCCCAUGCUAGAACCUAUACUGUGGCUGUUUACUUCAAAGGAGAAAGGAUAGGUUGUGGAAAGGGACCAAGUAUUCAGCAAGCAGAAAUGGGAGCAGCAAUGGAUGCACUUGAAAAAUAAAUUAAUUCCUGUCAAACAGUGGUGUGGUAAUGUCAUUACUCCUCUCAAGUUCUUGGUGUGAGCUUUGUAAAAAUAUACAACUGCAUUAUAUUAAAUCCUUUAAUAACCUCCUGAAAAUCACUUGUUGCUAGGAGAACUAUGUUAAAGCACUAGGUUUGAAACAAUUCUAAAACAUCUGUGUUUUAACAUUUCUAUAUAGUACCUUUCAUGGCCAGAGUUGCAUCAGAUUUUGAAAUCUAGAAUGAGAUUCAAAAGGUCAUUGUGUUUCCAAAUGGCACCAGAACAGGAGGAAAAAACGAACAAUUCUUCUCCUCCUGCCUUGCAAAAUACAGCUACAUGUAUUUUCUAUGAACAUAUGUUUCUGUGUGUACAUGUUGCAUUUAUGUCUUUUCUCUGCACUGGUGGCUGUGCUUUAUUAAGUAUA